AUGAAGGGUGUAUCUCAGAUUGCUGACCUUAAGAUUGAUGAACACACUAGCUAUGAACAUCACUCCAGUGUCGCUGAAUUUCAGUCAUGUAUAUCAUCUGUGAUAGAAGAUGACAUCAUUGAGAAAGUGAAACUAAGUAAACACUACAGCUUGAUGUUUGACGAAAGUACUGACAUUUCAGUGCACCAAAAUAUAAUUAUGUAUAUCCGUGUAUUAGAAACAAAUGUUCUUGGUGUUGUUGAACCUUGUACAUAUUUUCUAGGUGUUGACAGUCUACAUAGGGCAAAUGCUGAAUCUAUUUAUAUGAAAGUACUUGACAUGCUUAAUAAAAAAGGGAUAGAAUUGUCAAACUUAUGUAGUGUAAGCACUGAUGGGGCAUCAGUUAUGGUAGGAAGCAAGACUGGUGUAGUCACUAGACUGAAAGCUGAUGUACCGGGUGUAAUUGCCACACAUUGCAUAGCUCAUAGGUUAGCGCUGAGUUGUUGUUCAGGGGCAGACUGUAUUCCAUAUAUGGUUAAAGUACAAGAAGUCCUCAAUAGUGUGUAUAAGUAUUUUCACCUCUCCCGAAAGAACAUGGCCAUGCUAGAGAUGUUGCAGAAAGUUAGUAAGGUUCAUAGUUCCAAGUUUAAGGAAGUGUUUCACACACGUUGGCUUAGCUUCGAAGGCUCAGUAGAUGCGUUUAUCAGAAACUUUAGUAGCCUAGUGUCAGUGUUCUUGUAA